GAAAGGUCAAGCACGCACCCAAGAUUGGCCAAAAAAGAAAGCCUACCGGUUAUCGCCGAAAACCGCAUCAAAGAUAACGCAACUCUCACCUUCCUCAUCGAGUCCUGCGAGCGGAGAGGGGACACGAAAUACGAGCGAUACAACGCGAUGGUCAAGCCCCUGUCCUUCAAGGGCGACAAGAAGCCCAAGAAGAGAAAGCGCGCGGAAGCCGAGGCCCAGGACCGCGACGCGCAGGGCGGGGAGGUCGCCCGCACCGGCGGAGCUUCCGCAUCGACGGCGAACGCGGACGGCGACGACGAUAGCUGGGUGUCUGCCGAUGCCGUGACGGAUGUUGUCGGACCCGUCAUGUUCGUCUUGCCGACGGAGCCCCCUACUGCCUUGGCGUGCGAUGCCGUAGGCAAGAUAUUUACGCUGGGGAUCGAGAAUAUCGUCGAUGGCAACCCGUCUACGGCUGAGCCGCACGACGUGCGGCAGGUGUGGGUUGCGAAUAGGAUCACAGGGACGGAGCAAUUCAGAUUCAAGGGCCAUCACGGACAAUAUCUGGGAUGUGACAAGAACGGCGUACUGUCAGCGACAUCGGCGGCUGUCUCACCAUUAGAAUCUUUCAAUAUCAUCGCAACGGCAGAUACCCCUGGUACAUUCCAAGUCCAGACAUUACGCGAUACCUUCCUCUCCGUCAAGCCGCCGAAACCCAAUGUUACCACCUCGGACGUCAGAGGCGACGAAGAGUCCAUCACAUUCAACACGACAUGGCGUAUCAGGAUGCAGGCGAGAUUCAAGCCGCGGCUCAAAGCGAAUAAGGAAGAAAAGGCAAAGGAAAAGAUUAGUCGCAAGGAGCUCGAACAAGCGGUGGGACGCAGACUCGAGGACGACGAAGUCAGGAAGUUGAAGAGGGCGAGAAGGGAGGGCGAUUAUCACGAGCAGUUAUUGAUGUUGAAGGUCAAGGGAAAGCACGACAAGUACGGCUAACUCGGGGGAUGACGUUCUUUGGCAACACGAAAAGGGGGGAAACCAUGAUACCCAAACGCAAU